UUACCUUUCGCCUUCACUUCCGUCAUACCCCGCCAUUUUCACCCCUCUACCCCACACCGUGGGCAGGGUCGAGGGUUGCUCAAUCGAUAAGAUCCCGCGAAGGGGACCCUCUCCACAUCCGUGCUAAUCGUUAAAGUGACAAUAAGCGGCACGCUGCGUCGCAGUCACUCAUUGGAAAUCGAAGCCCAACCGGAUCCGUCCGGGCUGCAGCACAAAGUUGCAGACCAUGUGGCCGGCGGCGCCCAAAAACUCAAAAAUAUCUCAAAUCGUGGGGCCUACCUCGCCGCCGCAGACGCCCAGGACUGCAUCGCCCGUCUUUGGCCGCAAGAGCAGUCCCCGGCUGGGCGAAUUGCCGUCGAAGGUUCCCUUGCAUCCAAUGGCGGCGCCGCCACUCGAGACCGGCCACACGGCGGUCAACGGGCCGGGAUUCGGCCACGCAACGCCGAUCCGGCCUCAGCAGCUCUCUCCGCGCCCGACCAGCUCGUCGUCGUCGGCUUCGUCGGUGGCUUCGUCGGAUUCAGAGGAUUCGGCACUACCAAGCAAUGCGGCCGGCCCGUCGGCGCCGGCGUCGGCGUCGGCGACCCCAGAACGGAGACCGGGGCCGGCCCCACAUGCGCCGCAGGCAAGGAUGGGCCGCAUUGUGACACAGGCCGAUUUCGUGGUCGAAGAGCUGAGCGACUUCGGCGACAGCGACGACGCCGAACGGCCCGGCGUGAUCAGGCCCUGCGCCAUCGAAUACGCCGAGUCGGACCGCAGCCGCUCGCGGUCGCGGAACCGGCCGGAGAUCGACCACCGGAUGAUGUUCAACUUCGUGAACCUCAACUGCAGCGAUGACUCGGACGAGCUGGACCUCGAUGAGCACGAGUACCAGGAAUUCCUGCUCAAGCGCCGCGCGGAAAGGAGGCGCAAGCGGAUGAGCUCGGGCAGCAUCGGCAAGCGGACCAUCAGCGAGAGCAUCGGCAGCGACACGGAUCGCGAGGACAUUAGGUCCUUCCUCGGCGCCGAUGAGGCCGGCUCCAGCGCGCGCCGCCUGCGCCGGAGGGUCGGCGACCGGCGCAGCCUGCAGUUCCAGGACCCCCCGCCGCCGAGGAUCGACGAGCUCGACGAGCCGGCCUCGAGCGAAGACGAGAUCUUCAUUGGCGAGUCGCUCGCACGCGAGCUGCCUUUUUUCGAAUACGUUAUGAUGGAGGUUGAUUCGCCGUGACCGACCGGGAACACCGUCCGCUGCCGCGCCCCGGAGAUGCCCCGGGCGAUGUCCCGGCAGUUUGGAGCCAACCUCACACCCCGCCGGACGGUCGGCACGAUAAACGAUCUUCUUCCCGCCU